GGGUCUUUUUCGGAGAAGGUUAGGAGAAUUUACGCAGCAGGUUUUGAUAAUUAACGUGGCAGGUUAGGAGGCUUAGGUUAAGGUUUGGGAAAGGCUGAGCGAAAAUGCUCUCCUAACCUGCUACGAAGAGUAACUUCCGGUCGUAGCUAUACUCCCUCUAGUCACAACCAUCUUUCUUUCCUCGUGGACGGAGCUACUUGCUGAAUACCCAACUCUCAGUUGACUGAAAAAUGUCUACACUACAGUCGAUUUGUGUGUUUUUAAAUGAGUGCUUAACGGCGGCUGCUGUGGAGAUUUUCGGGGCAGUUGAGAAAACGGUAGUGGAGUACCAGGAGGAGAAUGAUCGGCUACGGCGACUGCUGCGGAUCACACCGGAGAUAAAACUGUGUAGAAUCGACUCCCUGCAGUUCUCUCCCACUGUCUCUAAAGAGGAGGUUCUCCCUGAGCAGCAGCACUGUAAGCAGGAGUGGAGCCCCAGUCUGGGGCAGGAGGACCCAGAGCCCACACAGAUUAAAGGGGAACAGGAGGAACUCAGGACCAGUCAGGAGGAAGAGCAGCUUCAAGGGCUCUUUGAUACCAAAGACUCCAUAUUCACUCCUUCCUGUGUGAAAAGUGAAUGGGAUCAGGAAGCCAUGCUAGCUGAAUACCCAACACUCAGUCGACUGAAAAUGUCGAAACUACAGUCAUUUCGUGUGUUUUUAAAUGAGCGUUUAAUGGCGUCUGCUGUUGUGGAUAUUUUCGGGGCAGUUGAGAAAACGGUAGUGGAGUACCAGGAGGAGAAUGAUCGGCUACAGAGACUGCUGCGGAUCACACCAGAGAUAAAACUGUGUAGAAUAGACUCCCUGCAGUUCUCUCCCACUGUUUCUAAAGAGGAGGUUCCCCCUGAGCAGCAGCACUGUGAGCAGGAGUGGAGCCCCAGUCUGGGGCAGGAGGACCCAGAGCCCACACAGAUUAAAGAGGAACAGGAGGAACUCAGGACCAGUCAGGAGGAAGAGCAGCUUCAAGGGCUGGAGGCUGAUGUCAUAGAGUUCAAAUGUACUCCUUCCUCUGUGAAAAGUGCAUGUGAUCAGGAGGACCCACUUCGGUCAUUGACUCUUCCCCAAACCCAGACUGUGGAGAACAGAGAGAGUGACUCUAAACCAGUGGAUCUCAAACCUUUUGGCACUGUGACCCCCCUAAAGGGUCUUGACAUUCCUUGUGACCCUCCAGAUAAUCAAAACAAUGCCUCCAGCCACAGCUCAGCCAUAAGCAGAGACCCAGUAGGACUUGACAGCUGCCCACCAUUGGAUCCCAACCCACCAUUGGAUCCCAGCCCAUUAUUUGAUCCCAGCACAUCAUUGCAGAAACACUGUUCCAAACCCAGCAUCACGUCUAGAAAAACUCACUGCUGCCGUGACUGUGGUGAAACGUUUGCUCUGAGAGCUGACCUACAGAGGCAUGUUACUCUACCCAAGAAGAGACUCGGCGAAUGGCGCUUCUGCAAAAAACGCUACAACUCCAACUGUAAACUGAAGAGCCAUGUCCGACUCUGUCAUGGUGGGAAACCCUGCACCUGCCCUGUUUGUGGCAAGACCUUCAAACUGAAAGGAGAUCUGUCCAAGCACAUGAGGAUUCACACAGGAGAGAAACUAUUUAGCUGUGGUGACUGUGGGAAAAGCUUCAGUAUCAAGAAGAACCUAACCAGGCAUAAACUCACUCACACAGGAGAGAAACCAUUUAGCUGUGGAGACUGUGGGAAAAGCUUCAGUCUCAAGCAUCACCUAACCAGGCAUAAACUCACUCACACAGGAGAGAAAUCAUUUAGCUGUGGUGACUGUGGGAAAAUCUUCAGUCUCAAGGGGAACCUAAAGAACCAUAAACGGAUUCACACAGGAGAGAAACCAUUUAGCUGUGGUGACUGUGGGAAAAUCUUCAGUCUCAAGGGGAACCUAAGGAACCAUAAACAGACUCACACAGGAGAGAAACAACAUGGCUCCUCAGUCCGUGGUAAAAGAUUCAUCCAGAAGACUAAUCUGCUGACGCAUGUGAAAAACAUCCACAGAGAAAGAAAACAAGACAAAGGUGUGAAGAAAGAAAAUUAGGAGAGAGGAAGUUUUUCCAUUUCUUUUUUUUACAAUAAAUGCAUAAUGUGUGUUGAAUGAUGUAACACAGAAUGAAACAAUUAUUAAAAAACCAAUUUCUGCUUAUU